ACCCUGCGGUUGAUAAUGAGUGGAAACAUAUCAACCACAACAUAAGAAGUCACAGUCACAGAAACAAAUGGAUGAAACCACACAAAAAAAGUGGUUUUUACUCGUACCGCCUUAUCAACAAUCAACACGUGUGUUCGAAUAUCACACGCAGUUAUUUCAUUUAACGCUGCACUGUAGUCUGGUGAUGAUUUCGGACAACAAAACGAAUUAUGAGAAUCAUGAACUUCGUAAAGUGCACAGAGAGUGCAUCGUUCAGUGCAAUCAUACGAAACUAAUGGACGAUCAUUAAGGCGACAUUCGAUCGUUGUGCGGAAAUCGAGCGUGAGAAGACAGUGUAAGAGAACGAAAAAUUUCGCAUUCCCUUCUCGCGCCUUAUUGUCGCUUGUUCAUCAAUCUCAAUGGAGUAGUUAACCAAAAAACUUCUAAUUCCAGUAGAGCAUCACUGAUCCGUGCGCAGUCAUGACGAAAGAAAAUGAAGUUCCAGUGGAACUGACUACGGUCAAUUCGGAUGGGAGCCAAAAACCGAAGAUGGUUAGUCGUGCCGAGUCUACCAGUUUAAUGCUGCGCAGUCAUGGUAGCACGGAAACCGACGGAGCCCGGCGAAGUACGGGUCAGCAAACGCAGUCUUACGAUAUCCACAAAGGUAUCGCCGAGAGUGCGAUGGAUAUAUCGCUUCUCACGGCCAAUGCCAACCAGCUGCGGCUGCUGAUUACUUACAACAAUCGGUCUAGGACGUACACAGCGUGCAUCACGCUGGUAAUUAUUUCCCUGGUGUUGCAAAUACUGGUAGCCAGUGGUGUUAUCAUUAUAAAGGCUCAGCCGAAAUCAAAGUUAAGCCCAUCGAUCGAGAAAUUGAAGAUCGCAACAUCGAUAGGAUUGACGUUCGUUACAGUUAUUAAUAUCCUAGUGGCAUCGUUGGUGGUUACUGAGGGUCCCGGUGGAAGUGGUGGAAACGGUGGAAGCGGCUGA